UCCCGCGACUCUCGUGAGGAUAAGCGGUUAAGAAAAUGGAUGGAGGGAUAUUUAUUAUACCUUUUUUGUCCGAUUUAAUAUUUGUUGUUUAUUGGAAUCCCGAUGGCGACUUUAAGACUUUGGUUUUCCAUGGUGACAGCUGAUAGGUUGCUGUGACUGCCAAUAGCUGCGCCUUCUUGUACUCAUUGCUGCCGUUUGUCAAAUGUUUUGCAACAGUUUUUACAUGAGUUGGAUUUUAACAACAAGAUGCUAACUGUUGUGGUUACCAGUAUUUUAGCGGCGUUGGUGGGUCUUUUUCUGUACCACAAGAUAUGUAAUCCUUUUUUAUGGGCGGAUUUCAUGUAUUAUUUGAAACUCCGGAUGUACAGCAACUCGUUGCAAGCCCACAUGCAGCAAGGAGUCAUCACAUAUUUGGACUGCUUUCUCCUGCAGGCGAAUCGGAACCCAAAUAAGCCUUUCAUUAUCUUCGAAAACCAGAGCCUGACGUACCAGGACGUGAAUUUAAGAAGUAACAAGUUUGCGAACGCUUUCCGGGAGAGGUCCUUGAAACAAGGAACUCCUGUCGCUCUAUUGAUGUGCAACGAACCGGAUUUUAUUUGUGUCUGGCUGGGACUGUGCAAACUGGGAUGUCAAGUCGCCUUUCUGAACACCAACACUAAAGGCAAAUCUCUGCUUCACUGCAUUCACACUUGUGAAGCCAAGACGCUUGUGGUGGGAGCAGGUUUAGAUCAUUUGGUAGAGGUGGUGCUGCCCGAUCUACAGAAGGACAACAUAUCGGUGUGGUUAGUACAUCACUCAUCACUUUCUAAAGGUUUCAUCAGUUUACUCGAUAAAGUGGAAAACAUGUCGACGGAAAACAAAAGUGGGCCACUUAAAGUUGACAUCAAGUCCAACUUCCUCUUCAUAUUUACAUCAGGAACCACAGGUUCACCAAAGGCAGCCCGUGUGGGUCAUCUUAAAGCGAUUAUGAGUAUGGCAUUUUUUCACAUGUGUGGAGCUACAUCCUGUGACAUCAUAUACAUCACCCUUCCUCUUUACCACAUGUCAGCUUCGCUGUUAGGCAUUGGAGGAUGCAUACAACUUGGUGCAACUUGUGUCCUAAAGAAGAAGUUUUCAGCCAGUCAAUUUUGGAAAGACUGUGUCAAAUAUAAUGUGACAGUGGUGCAGUACAUAGGAGAGCUCUGUCGAUAUCUUGUCAACCAUCCUGUGGUUCCAGAAGAGAAUUGUCACUGUGUUUGGCUAGCAGCAGGAAGCGGGCUUCGGACAGAUGUGUGGAAAGCGUUUGCCAAACGCUUUAAUAUGAUCAAGAUCAGAGAAGGUUAUGGUUUAACUGAGGCCAGCAUUGGCUUCCUCAACUACACUGAUGAGGUCGGACCUAUUGGAAGAGCAAGCUAUUUUAACAAGCUUUCAGCACCAUUUCAACUCCUGAAAUAUGACACGCAAACAUAUGAACCAUUCAGAACACAGUCUGGAAGAUGUGUACAAGCAGAGAUGGGUGAAGCUGGUAUCCUGGUAGCUCCAGUGACAGGAAUGAAUCAGUUUUUGGGUUACGCUGGAAAUCAGGUGCAGUCUGAGAAGAAGUUGAUCAAGGAUGUGUUUGUGGUUGGUGAUGUGUAUUUUAACACUGGAGACCUACUGCUCCAAGACCACAGAGAAUUUCUUUACUUCCAUGACCGUAUUGGAGACACUUUCAGGUGGAAAGGAGAAAAUGUAUCCACCAUGGAAGUUUCAGAGGUUUUAUGUCUUCUUGAUUUUAUUCAAGAGGCCAAUGUUUAUGGAGUGAGUGUACCAGGAUAUGAAGGUCGAGCAGGCAUGGCUACAAUUGUUUUAAGACAGGAUCACACAUUGAAUGGUGCAAAACUCUACUACCACUUGGUUGAAUCUCUUCCUCCAUAUGCUUGGCCAUGGUUUAUCAGAAUACAGCCUUCUCUGGAUGUGACUGAGACUUUUAAGCAACAGAAGUGGAAGCUCGUCCAGGAAGGAUUUAACCCAGAGAUCACACAAGAUCUUCUGUAUUUCUUAGAUAUGUCUCAGAAGGACUAUCUUCUCCUCGAUGUAUCUCUAUAUGAGCAUAUUGUGUUUGGAAAAAUCAAACUAUAGUGUCUGAGAAAAUUAUCCAACAAGAAAUAAGGGUUGCGUUAGUCAUAAUUCAUAAGUUAUGAAUAGGUAAUGGUCAAAUAAUUAUAUUUAGCAAUAAUGCCUUUUAGAGAAUACUUCAUUUGUUUUAUAGAUGUUUUUAUUAUUUUUAUAGAAUACUAAUAUUCCAGUGGGUGGCACGGUGGAUCAGCUGGAAAGCAUCGGCCUCACAGUUCUGAGGUCCCGGGUUCAAUCCCAUACCUGCCUGUCUAAAGUUUGCAUGUUCUCCCCAUGCCUGCGUGGGUUUUCUCCAGGCACUCCGGUUUCCUCCCACAUCCCAAAAACAUGCAACAUUAAUUGGACACUCUAAAUUGCCCCUAGGUUUGAUUGUGUGUCUGUUUGUCUUGAUGUCCCCUGUGAUUGGCUGGCAACCGAAUCCCCCGCCACCUGCCCGUUGACAGCUGGGAUAGGCUCCAGGACUCCCCGCGACCCUUGUGAGGAUAAGCGGUUAAGAAAAUGGAUGGAUGGAGGGAAUAUCCCAGUGAAUCUCUGCUUACCACCAGUAAUUCUUUGCCACGUACAUAUUGCAUCAUGCUUUUGAUUCAGUAUAAAACAAUAUUCUACUCAUUCCUAUUUCCUAACACACAAUGAACCUUUGAUCUAACACAGAGCAACAACAACAAAUGGCCAGAUACAAAAAUAUUGAUAUAUCAUAGAUUCGCAGAAAAGCAACAAAAUACUGUAUAUAACUAGGCAGUCCACCAGUGGAGAUCCAUAUAUUUUCUAUACAAUUUUUCCUGCUGGGAAUCCAUGCACAGCACGAAAUCAUAAAGAUCACUUGUGCAGCACAUCCUAAGUCUUGAGAAUUAAAUAUUUGAGUUAAAAGUCUUUCUUCAAUAGUGGAAUUCUUUGAGAGCAAAAUACCCAUGCAGGUCUGGUUAUUAUACUAAAAAUAAAAGUGCUAAAAUCUAAUAAAAGGCUGUUCCAAUGUCUGGAAAUUCCUCAAUACGAUUUAAAAAUGAAGCUCAGCAAUGCAUCUUGCUUUCACGUGCUGUACAGUAGUGUUCAAUAUAAGAGCAGUCCAAUGUUACUACCCAGAUUAAUCCGCGUUUCCAGGAUAUUUUUUGUUACAUGUCAAUUAAAUUACCAGUAGGUGGAGUAGAUUCACAAAACAAAAAUAUAAAACCAACAAGACCCACCAUUCAUUAUAUACACUGGGGGUGGUCAACCAAUCGGAGAUGAAGAGCUUCAUUUUUUACCGUUUUGUCAAAGAGCCAUUUCAUACACAUUAUCAUUCCCUCCUCACAUACAUACCUUUGCUCAGCCAAAUUUAUUGUAAAUGUCACAUACACACGUGAUGAGAAAAAUCUACUCCUCAGUGUACCAAUACCAUACGCUAGUAAUUUUAAACAAUAAAAAUUGUGUGCGCUCACACACACACAGACAAAUUACCUGUUCAACCAAGUCUUGUCUUGUAUGGCACAAUUCUCAUUGAAUGCAACACUAAAAUACUCACAUGAUUGGAGGUCCGAGUACAACUAUGAAUCAGUAGCCAUGCUAAAGUCCAAUAUUCUCUGUUCAACAGUGUGGUGGGACAGAUGAAGGUCUGAUACCAUUUGUUUAAGAUUUUUAUUUUCAGGACACCAAUAUUUAAGCGACAUCACUGAGGCAUUUUUUAACAAAUUACCCUUCAAUAUAUGGCUUUUUGGCCCUUACAAUGUUCCUAGUCACUUGAUAUGAUGCAAGCAUGCAUCUCUGGGUGCUUUUUUUUUUUAAACUGCUUUUUUUGUUGUUGUUGCUUUGAAUUGACCUCUACUUCAUCUCCUCUUGGAACCCUGAAAAGCAGAAGCAAUGAGAAGGAGACAGCCUUUUGUUACUUGUUCCCCAGAAAGCAUAUUCUUUAUUACAAGUACUUUUGUACAAUUUCAUACACAUCACAUUACAGUCAUUAUCUUCUUCUUACAAUCAACUUCCCAUCUAUAACAAUUGCGCUUUCCAUUCAAUUACACCCGCAUACGGACAUAUCCACUCUUGCUGAUAAACAAUCAAGGGCUUAAAAGAAGGACUCAUGUCAGUGACCAAAGCCAUGUUGUCACAAAUUGAAAGUUCUCUCUUUCAAAGACAUUUUAAUUCUACAUUGGAUUCCUCUGCUUUUAACUGGGAAGUUGCUUUUAUUAUAAAUAUUUACAGUCAUUAACUACUGGUAAGCAAUCAACGUUAUACUGUACUACAAACUUAAAUAACACGGAACAAAAAGUCAUGUUACUGCCUCACGUCACAACCCACACGCUCGCCUUAUCCAUAUGAGCACUGUUGCUGAGAUCAGUCGGCUCCUCGUGUGUACAUUGGCCAUUCAUCAAUACAGUACACACACAUAUCAUUCAAGAAUAACAGUUUUGGACUGUUUUACACAACUACCUCACCUGAAAAGAAAAAGUGAUGAGAAGAAGAAAGUCAGUUGUUACUUCUAACCCCGGAAAGCAAAUUCUGGAGUAAGAAGGAAGAUUCCCGCCCCUUUAUGCAUUCCCACGGACCAAUCCCGGUCAACUUUUGGCUCCGCCCCCAUCACAGUAACCCUUAAACUCCACAUUUGUUUGUGUAUAUCACGAAAAUUCUGUCAACUGGUUUGAGUUGAAGAACCAGGAAGUGACGUUUUUUUGCAGUUAGCGGGGUCGAGUGUUUACAUUAGUUUAUACCUAUUGUACCAGCGAGAAAUUACCUGUUUUUUCUAUGUGUUACCCAAAAUGCCAGCUCAUUGUAAUGCUGGAUUUUGCUCAUUUUUCCUUGAAAGCCUGAGGCAAAUGAGUCAUUCAACACAUUUUUCAGAAGAACAGUGUACUUUAAAAGCUAGAACAAGACAAACCUUAGAAAAAGGUGCAAAAAAUUAUAGGCUAAAAUGAAAUGAAAAUAUAUGUUCAACUCUACCAUAAAAUAUACAUCUUGUUCUAUGUUUUUACCGAAAAAAUAUAAGUGUAAUUACAAAUACCCGAACUUUGAUCGAUUUUGCCAUUCAUGGUUGAACAUCUCCUUCCAGGGUUUUUUCUUCCUUGGUGACUUGUGUUUAUGGACUCGGGUCUUCGCUCACAUAUAUACAUACACUCAUUCCUCCCUGGCUCGGGCCUGUAUGUUGGGGUUUACCCCGGUGAUGAGAAGGUAGCCUCCCUCCACCUGCAGGUGAAGGGAUUAGUCCUGACUGUUGUUUCUGCUUAUGCACCAAACAGCAGUGCAGAGUACCCAUCCUUUUUGGAGUCCUGAGAGGGAUUGCUGUAGAGCGCCCCCUUUGGCGACUCCAUCAUUCUGCUGGGGGAGUUCAAUGCUCACGUGGGCAAUGACAGUGAGACCUGGAAGGGCAUGAUUGGGAAGACCAGCCUCCUUGAUCAGAACUCGAGUGGUGUUUUGUUACUGGACUUCUGUCCUCAUCACAGAUUGUCCAUAACAAACACAAUGUUCAGGGAUAAGUGUGUUCACAUGUCCACUUGGCACCAGGACACCCAAGGUCGCAGUAAGAUGAUCGACUUUGUGGUCGUGUCAUCGGAAUUGCGACUGCAUGUCUUGGACACUCAUGUGAAGAGAGGGGCAGAGCUGUCAACUGAUCACCACCUGGUGGUGAGUUGGCUCCGAUGGUGGGGAAAGAUGCCAGUCCGACGUGGCAGGCCCAAAUGUAUUGUGAGGGUCUGCUGGGAACGCGUGGCAUAUUCUCCUUUUAGAAGGAAUUUCAACCCCCACCUCUGAAAGAACUUUGCUCACGUCCAGGAGGAGGCGGGGGACAUUGAGUCGAUGUUCUACGCCUCCCUUGCUGAAGUGGCCAACUGCAGCUGUGGCCAUAAGGUGGUCGUGCCUGUUGUGGCGGCAACCCACGAACACGUUGGUGGACACCAACAGUGAGGGAUGCUGUCAAGCUGAAGUAGUCCUAUCUGGCAUUUCUGGCCUGUGGGACUCCCGAGGUAGCUGAUAGGUAUUGGCUGGCGAAGCGGAAUGCAGCUUUGGUGGUUGCUGAGGAAAAAACUCAGGCAUGGGAGGAGUUUGGUGAGGCCAUGGAGAACGACUUCAGGACGGCUUCGAGGAAAUUCUGCUCCACUGUCCGGCGUCUCAGGAGGGGGAAGCAGUGCACUGUCAACACUGUGUAUAGUGGGAACGGCGAACUGCUGACCUCAACUCGGGAUGUUGUGAGUCGGUGGGGAGAAUACUUCGAAGACCUCUUCAAUUCCACAACACGCCUUCCCACAAGGAAGCUGAGUCUGGGUGCUUUGAGGCGGGUUCUUCUAUCUCUGGGGUUGAGGUCACCGAGGUGGUUAAAAAGCUCCUUGGUAGCAGGGCCCUGGAUGAGGGAUGUGAGAUUCACCCAGAGUUCCAAAAGGCUCUGGAUUUUGUGGGGCUGUCCUGGUUGAUGCCUUCUUAAACAUCGCGUGGACAUCGGGGACAGUGCCUCUUGAUUGGCAGACUGGGACGGUGGUGCCCCUUUUCAAGAAGGGUGACUGGAGGGUGUGUUCCAAUUGUAGAGGGAUCACACACCUCAGCCUCCCUGGUAAGGUCUACUCAGGGGUACUGGAGAGGAGGGUCCAUCAAGAAGUCGAGUCUCGGAUUCAGGAGGAGCAAUGUGGUUUUCGUCCUGGCCAUGGAACAGUGGACCAGCUAUACACCCUUGGCAGGAAUCCUCGAGGGUGCAUGGGAGUUCGCCCAUUCAGUCUACAUGUGUUUUGUGGACUUGUACGACCACUGUCCCCCCUGUAUGAUCACUGUCAGAGUUUUGCCCACAUUGCCGGCAAUAAGUCAGACUUGUUUCUGGUGAGAGUUGGACUCCGUCAAGGCUGCCAUUGUCACCGAUUUUGUUCAUAACUUUUAUGGACAGAAUUUCUAGGCACAGCCGAGGCAUAGAGGGUGUCCGGUUAAGCAUUGCAGCAUCGCAUCCCUGCUCUUUGCAGAUGAUGUGGUUCUGUUGGCUUCAUCAAGCUGUGAUCUCAGGCUCUCACUGGAGCGAUUUGCAGCUCAGUGUGAAGUGGCUGGGAUAAGAAUCAGCACCUCCAAAUCCAAAACUAUGGUCCUCAGUUGGAAAUGGGUGGCGUACCCUCUGCAGGUCGGGGAUGAGGUCCUUCCCCAAGUGUCGGAGUACAAGUAUCUCAGGGUCUUGUUCACGAGUGAGGGAAGAAUGGAGCGGGAGAUCGACAGAUGAAUCGUGCAGCGUCUGCAGUGAUGCAGACUUUGUAUCGGUCCAUUGUGAUAAAGAGGGAGAUAAGUCGAAAGGCAAAGCUCUCACUCUACCAGUUGAUCUACGUUCCUACCCUUACCUAUGAGCAUAUGAUGGAUGGAUGGAUGGAUGGAUGGAUGGAUGGAUGGAUUAGAGCAGUGAAUUAAACUUUCUUUUGUUACCACAUUUUCAUAUGUAGAUUUUGUUUUCAACACAUGCUGCUUUAAAAGAUCAUGCAAUGUAUGAAGCAAGGGCUAAUUAAAAAUAAAUUUGUGCUCUCCAGGAGACCUGUUUUCAUCUUAUCAAAAAUAAUUUGUGCACCAUAAAAUUGAAUGAAAUAAGCCUGUGCUUUAGCUACAUAUUUGUUCUCAUUUUAUCAACUUUGAACCUUACUUUUCUAUAUUAAUUACAGGUGUUGCAGGAAGCAUCUUCCGCACAAGAGGUUGACAUCAAGCAUACAGUUCAAUAAAAAUGCUAUGAUUUUA